UUCCAGGUAUACUUGGUACUACAGUUUACCGUACAGCACUUGCUCCUUUCUUUCACCCCAAACCAAACAAGGAUGUCGAGGUCUUACGAUCGCGCACUGACUGUAUUCUCGCCAGAUGGUCACUUAUUCCAGGUUGAGUAUGCCCUAGAAGCUGUACGGAAGGGUACAUGCGCGGUUGGAGUUCGUGGCAAGAAUGUAGUAGUCCUUGGUGUUGAGAAGAAAUCGGUGCUCCAACUACAAGACCCUCGUACCGUUCGUAAAGUCGUCAUGCUGGACGAUCAUGUCUGCCUUGCUUUUGCCGGCCUCACCGCCGAUGGCCGAGUCCUUAUCGACAAAGCACGAAUAGAAUGCCAGAGCCACCGCUUGACUGUAGAGGACCCAGUGACUGUCGAAUAUAUCACAAGACAUAUUGCUGGUAUUCAGCAGCGAUAUACUCAAUCGGGUGGUGUCCGUCCAUUUGGUAUUUCUACUUUGAUCGUUGGCUUUGAUCCUCAUGAUGCACGACCAAGACUAUACCAAACCGAGCCAAGCGGUAUCUACAGUGCAUGGAAGGCUAAUGCUAUAGGCCGGUCAUCUAAAACAGUUCGCGAGUUCCUUGAGAAGAACCACAAAGAUGAUAUGACGCGCGAGGACAGCAUCAAAUUAACCAUCAAGAGUUUACUGGAAGUUGUACAAACUGGAGCGAAGAAUAUUGAGAUCAGUGUAAUGGAAGAAUACGGCAAAGUCUCGAGUCUUGAACUAGAGGAAAUUGAGAGAAUCGUAACUGAAAUUGAACACGAAAAGGAAGCAGAGGCGGAGAGAAAGCGCUCAAGGCUGGCGGCGACUGCGGCUGGUCAGGCCGCCAUGUCCACCCGUGCCGGUGCAGAGUCAUCAGGAUAGUAGUUUAUCCCGCUGUAUUGUAUGGGCUUUUUACUGUUAUAAAAGUGUUCCCAGACAACCUCAUCAGACACGUCCAGGCACGUCCAUGUUUGAACUUAACUACGAUUG